AUGGCUUCCGCUCUUCUCUUCUCGAGCACCAUGUUCGCGCUUUUUACUAUCCUCAUCACUCUCGUUAGUGGCAAUCCGGUGUUUGUCCCUAGGGAUGCCAUACCUACUCCCCCGCCAGAGCCUGAGUAUAAGACUUCUGAAACCAUGGACAAGCCAUAUACGGCAGUUACUGAGCCUGCUGGUACGAUGAGUACGAUGGGGUACCAACAAGAGACGGUUCCGCAAUAUGCGCCUUCCAAUGCUGAGACUUUACCGCCACCUGAUAAAGCGUUUGUUAGUAAAACUACAUCGAUGGGUGAAGGCCCACCGGCGUAUCAACUUCCUCCAUCACCUGUCACGUAUCCAGCAGUCACCUUAAUUUCAUCAGUCAUCCCACCAUACGACACCCCCGCAGUCCCAACAGUCCCAACUUCAGUGGAGGCGCCUGCGUUGGAAUCUACUCCAGGUGUCGUCCCAGGGUUUACUCCUGGCGUCGUUGACAAUCCAGGUGUUGGCCCAAGUGUCGCCCCAGCUCCAGAAGUCAACUCGCCGUAUGGAUCAGCAUCUUCUACAACCACUCCUCAGAUGGCGACAGAGUCUGUCGUUCCAACUCCAUAUUCUCCACUUCCAGGUAUAACAGGUAUUGGAAUUAUCGUCCCUCCUCACAUAACGCCUGAGCCUGUCAUUACAUCUCCAGUCUUUGUUCCACACGAAGGUGUUCCGGGGACGGAUGGAACUCCUGGUACUCCGGGCACUCCUGGAAUUGAUGGAACUCCAGGCACUCCUGGCACUCCUGUAUGA